CGAGUUUUGAGAGUGAAAGAAGAAAGGUUGGGGAUGAACGUAUCAUGUAAAUAAUACGCGAACCAUACCAGAACCAACAUUCAUUCAUCCAACCAUCACGCCUCACACCACACCAGGAACCAUUCACUCUUUCACUCUCUCUACGUGAGAGCCAACAUACACCACCACAUCCACACGAGAACCAUUCACUCACGCUACCACAGAACCACUUCUCUUUGAGUUUUCCUUUCUGUUUUCCACCAUUGUUCUGCACAAUCUUGGAGGAAGCUUGAAUCAGUGACUGCACAGCCAGCAUUGGGUCAAUAUCUUCCAUAGUUCAUGUUUGUUUCUUGGAUGGAACUUGGAUCCGUGACUAUACAGUCAGCAUUGGAUCAAGAUCUUUCCUAGUUCACAUUGUUUGUGAGUUUUCAAACAAUGUGAUUUCACCGAACAUUUGUUUAAUCUUGAAAAAUGCUGAAGGUGCCGCAGCACCAGGUGGCGGGUCACAUGGCGAAGAACGGCGUUUUGGGUCCCCUGGUGGACGAUUCUGGAAAGUUCUACAAGCCACUGCAAGACAACGACAGGGGCUCCGCUGAGCUCUCCUUCUACACCUCCCUCACCGUGCCACCCUCCAUCCGCCCCUUCUUCCCGACAUUCCACGGCACCGCCGUCGUCCCCGCCUCCGACGGCUCCGGCCCCCACACCCACCUCCUCCUCCAGGACCUCAUCUCGCCCUACACCAAACCCUCUGUCAUGGACGUCAAAAUCGGCUCCCGAACAUGGCACCUCGGUCACUCCGAAGACUACAUCGCCAAAUGUCUCAACAAAGAUAGAACCACCUCAACCGUCCCCCUCGGCUUCCGAAUCACCGGCAUCAAGGACUCCUUCUCCUCCUGGGAACCUUCCAGAACCUUUCUCCAAACCCUUUCCGCUGAGGGCGUCGCUGUGGUCCUCCGCAAAUUUGUCUCCUCCUCCAACUCCGACAAUUCUCAGUCCGACCCCGAUUGCGACUUUGCGGCGGAGGUUUUGGGCGCCGUCUUCGAGCGGCUGGUGGAGCUGAAAGCGUGGUUUGAGGUUCAGACUCUAUAUCAUUUCUAUUCUUGUUCUGUUCUGGUGGUGUAUGAGAAGGAGAAGGGGAACACCAAGCCUCUGGUCAAACUUGUUGAUUUUGCUCAUGUAGUUUCUGGAAAUGGUGUGAUUGAUCAUAACUUCUUGGGUGGCCUAUGUUCCUUCAUCAACUUCAUCAGGGACAUCCUUCAAGCUCUUCAUCAUUGAGUCCUGUGUUCUUUUUUCUCUGUUUUUCUCACACUCUUGUUCAAGAAUAUUAUCAGAUAAUAAUUACUCAUUUGACUCCUUCUGUCAUCAUCAUAACAGACAAUUUUGCUUGUAUUAUGUUCCAUUCAAUUGUUCAUAUUUCCAGGUAAUGCAAUUUUUGUGGGUUUUAUUCAUAGAUA